GUUAUAAUUAGAACACACAGUCGAUCAUGUAUGUACAUGUAUAGCAUGUGAAGACACACGUACACGUACGUCUGCUGACAGACGUACACGCAGAAUGCAAUCGUGCACGGAUCCACACGACAGUUGUCUAUGCCCUAGUGAAGUCCAUCAGCAACGUGACCUUCUCCCUCUCAUUGUCGCCCCACCAGUGGUUCGGCCACCGAUAGAACUCAAACGCCGGCAGACAGAACGGCGGCAGGGCCAAAUUCACCUCUCGCCAGCCGCCCGGCUUGCCCAGGUCCCGAUUGUCCACGCACUUGCGGUGCAGCGUCGUAACAUUGCAUCUGUCGUUGGUCAUGAGGGCAUACUUGUACUUGUAUCGGCCGUCGUGAGCAGUGAGGUGGUUGGCAACGAACUGGUGCACCAUCGGCGUAGGUAAGUGCUGCAGCACAUCCUUGGACAUCAACAACUGCAACAAACAGCAGCCAGAAAGAGAGUUCGAGUGUGGAAAUGGUCUCCUUUCUUUGUCGGUCAGCUCACGUCUGCAGGAGGCAGGUUGUCCUUUUCCAAGAUGCUCCUCGCAUGGAAAGUCCUGUUGUGCGCGGCGUGCAGCUCCUGGUUGCGAGCAAUGACGGACGGCACCACGUCCACACCGGUGUAUUGCUCUACUGGGCCCCAAUCCACAAACUGCGUCCACUCCCUGAAGUGCAAUGUCGGUAGCAAGGUACAUGGCGAGUGAGGACUCUCUCUCUCUCUCUCUGUCUGUGUGUGUCUGUGUGUGUGUGUGUGUGUGUGUGUGUGUGUGCCGUACCAGUCGCCACAUCCCGCAUCAACGACUGAUUUGAUGUCCUUUUGACGCAGAAAGUCUUCCAGCUGCAGGCGAAAGUUGUCUGUAGCUUCCUUGGUGCUGCCCGCGCCGCUGUGCCCCUUCCCGUCCUUGUUUCUUCCCCAGGCAGCCGAGCUGUAGAUGAACGAGAAGGCGCCACGCAGCGCAUUGGUCUCCUCCGGCUUGAUGGCAGCUUGGUCCGCCCCACUCGUGCCAUCAGAGGGCUGCUGGACAGGCUGACCAUUCUGCUGCUGUUGCUGUUGUGGGCAGACGGGACAGGUGAACUGAGGAAAAAUGACACCAUCGACGAUGCUCAGGAAUUGUCCAUAGAUCUGGCCCUAUUGUGCUUACGUUGUACAGGUCCUGAUCAUUAGCAUCUACCCUCACUAAGCGGCUGCAAUCGCAGUUGUAAUUCAGGCCGGUCCAUCCCUGCCGCAGCAAAGAUGCGUCGAUGAAGAUCACCAACACAACGGCCGCAAGAAACAGGAGUACGGCUGACCGCGCCUCCAUUGGAUUUG